AUGAAUAGCACGCGCAGAUCAUCGGCAGCGUCAUCCAAUUUUGCUGAAGACCGUGACACGUCUUUUCUCUUGAAGCGGUUUCACGCUUUCAAGGCAAGCCGACCAACUUGGACGCGUUUCAACUCCAAUCCAUGGAUACUCAAGAUCAACAACAUAUUUACCUCUUCCUAUGUUAAUGUUCUUUUGAUUUUUGUUCCCCUUGGUAUUCUAGCUUACCAGCUUGGCUGGGGUGCCAAAGCAAUCUUUUUGCUUAAUUUUUUGGCCAUCAUUCCGCUUGCCGCACUUAUGGGUUAUGCUACAGAAGAAAUCUCAUCUCAUGUUGGUGAGACUGUUGGUGGUCUUCUUAACGCGACAUUUGGUAACGCAGUUGAACUUAUUGUUGCCAUUGUUGCUUUGGCUCGAGGUGAAAUUCGCAUUGUCCAAACCUCCAUGCUUGGUUCAAUUCUUUCCAAUACGCUUCUUGUUUUAGGCUGCUCCUUCAUUGCUGGUGGAUAUAAUCGAAUUCAACAAACUUUCAAUGCCACGGUUGCACAGACCAUGUCAUCUCUCAUGGCUCUGGCCGUCACAUCGCUUUUAAUUCCUGCCGCUUUUAACUCUUCUUUCCCUCAUCCUAGUGAGCCUGGUCAAAACACUAACCAGGCUGUUCUCAAUGUUUCUCAUGGAACAUCAAUUAUCCUUCUUAUCAUUUACAUUUUCUAUCUUUUUUUCCAACUUAAGACACAUGCCCAAUACUUUGAAAGCAUGUCUGAAGAGCCCAAUGAUAUUGAAAACUCACCUCAGAUCAUUUCCAAUGGAAAUGAAACCACACCUCUCCUUGCUGGUGGAAGUGAUGUCGAAGUCCAAGAAGAAUCUACAUUGAGUACCUGGGAAGCCCUGGGUCUUUUGGGCCUUAUUACAAUUGUUGUCUCCUACUGCGCUGACUAUCUGGUUGAUUCAAUUGACGAGAUUGUCACUGAAACGGGUAUCUCUAAGACGUUUAUUGGUGUUGUUUUGAUCCCUAUUGUUGGCAAUGCAGCUGAGCAUGUCACUGCUAUUGUAGUUGCUACCAAAGACAAAAUGGAUCUGGCUGUUGGUGUUGCCAUUGGCUCCUCAAUGCAAAUUGCUUUGUUUUUGACUCCUUUCUGUGUGAUUGUUGGCUGGAUUAUCGAUCAACCUAUGUCGCUGCUUUUCACUACGUUCGAGACAUGUGUGCUUUUUGUUUCGGUACUCAUGCUCAACUAUAUUGUGCAAGAUGGAGAGUCUAACUGGCUUGAAGGUACCAUGUUGUUUGGUACAUAUAUGGUCAUUGCCAUUGCCUUUUGGAACUACCCGUAA